AAAAGUGGCAUUGAGGAAAACAUGAUUAAUCACACUCUGACACGAACGACGCCUUGGGAUCGACAACUCCGCCUGGGCCUAUCGCCUCCCUCCUUGUGCCACAUCUAUCGGAGAAUCGCACAUUGUGCUGGAGCUCCGCAUCACAGCGCCCCUGUCCACGCAAUAUGAGCACCUCGCACGCGCUCUGCCCGGCUGUCGCCGAGCCGACGCUCUUCAUCGCCGGCGAGUGGGUGCCCUCAUCGUCGGGCGCACGGCGUGCGACGAUCAACCCGGUGGACAACUCAGUGAUCCAGCACGUGUCCGAGGCGUCCGUCGGCGAUGCUGAGCGCGCGGUGAGCUCCGCGCGCGCCUUCUUCAACACGCACGUCUGGUCGGACCAUACGCGCACAACGUUCGGCGCGCGCUGCGAGAGCCUUGAGCGCAUCGCCACACUGCUGCAGCAGCACAAGGAUGAGCUGGCGCGCGUCGAGACGAUCGAUACGGGCAAGACGCUCGAGGAGAGCAAGGUCGACGUCGACGACGUCACCACCGUCUUUCGCUUCUACGCGCAGGAGGCGCGCAAGCUGGACCAGCCCAAGCAGGUCAAGCAUGACGCCAUCCCUGAAAGCGCCAACAGUGUCAUCUCGCACGAACCGGUUGGUGUAUGCGUGCUGAUCACGCCCUGGAACUACCCGAUCCUGCAAGUCUGCUGGAAGCUUGCGCCGGCGCUAGCGGCAGGCAACCCGGUGAUCAUCAAGCCGUCCGAAGUGACGCCGCUGUCGACGAUCUACCUCGUGCGCAAAAUCCUACUCGACGCCUCCGUCGGCAUCCCCGCUGGCGCGAUCCAGCUGUUGACUGCGUCCGGCGCUACAAUCGGCGACGCGCUCACGACGCAUGCGGAUGUUGACCUGGUUUCGUUCACCGGCGGUCUCGCGACAGGGACGCGCAUUAUCGCCAGCUGCGCCGCGGGCGUCAAGCGCUGCUGCGUCGAGCUCGGCGGCAAGAACCCGCACGUCGUCUUUGCCGACGUAGCAGGCGCACAGGCCGAGCGGAGCGGCAUGGGUCUCGACUGGGCCGCCGACAUCGUUGCGACCGCGUGCUUCCUUCACUCGGGCCAGGUGUGCUCGAGCGGCGCGCGUCUGAUCGUCGACGAGAGCAUCGCCGACGCGCUCGUCGCCAAGGUUGUUGACAAGGCGCGCAACGUCCGCAUGGGCGACGGCCUCGACCCCGCCAGCGAGACUGGCCCGCUCGUUAGCGCCGAGCACGCUAGGAAGAUUCAGGCGUUUGUCGAGCUCGGCAAGAAAGAAGGCGCCAAACUACUCGUUGGCGGCAGCCCGCCGGACCCGCGCCGAUUCCCGCAUCUCGCUAAGGGCUGCUUCUUCCUCCCGACCGUCUUCGACCACUGCGACCGCAGCAUGCAACUCGUGCAAGCCGAGACGUUCGGGCCGAUCCUCACCGUCGAGCGCUUCCGCGCGGGCGACGAGGCGACGGCGCUGGCGCUGGCGAACGACACGCGUUACGGCCUAGCUGGAGGCGUCCUGUCCGCCGACGUUGCGCGCGCGCGCCGGUUCGCCGCCAAGUUGCGCCACGGCACCGUGUGGAUCAACACUUAUGGCAGCUACACCGCCGCCGCCGAAUGGGGUGGCUUUGGCAUGAGCGGCAACGGUCGUGAGCUCGGGUGCAAGGGCCUCGAGGAGUACAUUGAGACGAAGCACACGUGGCAUGAGACUAAACCUGCACCGUUUGCCUGGUUCAAGUCGCGUUUGUGAAUGUGAAGGACACUGCCUCGUAUUUUCUCCGCUGUAUGUAGCAUAGCAUCUCCUUUCUGUCCUUCUGUCGCUGUCGU